AUGGAAUUUACUGAAAAAUUCGUAUUUCAUCGCUUUGCAAAUAUGAGAGAUAGUCACGCUGCUGCUGCUGCCGCUGCUGCCGGUGGAAGUAAUGUAGGUGGUAGAGGUGGAAAUAGUAGUGAAGUGGAAACCGAUGAGGAUACUGUUAUUGUACAGGCUAUUUUGAAUACAACACGAAUUCAGAGUGAUAUUCUUCGUCGUCUAGAUACUGUUGAGGCUAUACAGAAGAUGAUUUUGGAAGAGUUGCGACGUGGUCAAGCUCAAGCAAACGAACGUUUUAUUGAUAUUCUGGAUAAGCGUCAAAGAGAAGAGGUUGAUCGUCUGAUGAAUAUGGUUGCCAUGCUGAAAGUAUCAAACACAGGAGAUUCAUAUGCAAACUUGCAACGCUCAGACCUUCGUCCAGCCAUGGCAUCAUCUGUAUCGGCCCUUGGUUACGCAUCACCACAAACAACGUUUGCACGAGCUACUUCACCUCGCUCAUUUUUUGGUGUAACUCCGUCAGCGGAUAAUACUCAACAACAAGUCAUUCCUCAACAAUUUUCUAAUCAUGUUCUUGAACAACAACUGCAGUUUGCUGCACAACAACAGCGUGCUAUGGCUUCAAUGUAUGGGUCGCAGCAGACAGCAAUAGUUCCUAAUGCGUUCACUCAUCCUCAGAUGCCUGUGGCUUCAACUGGGUUUUGUACCGGCGCACCUUUUUCAUUCCAACAGACAACUAUGUUUCCAAAUGCAAUGGCGACCCAUUUGCAGCAACAGCCUGUUUUACAAUCCUCAGUUACUUCAUCAAUUGUAAUAGACAACACAAAAACUGUAUCAAAUACAUCAGCUGCUAUGACAAAACCAGCUUCAGCUACAACUCCAAUAGCUACAUCUAAAGAGGUACCAUCGCAACAAGUACAGUCACAAGCAGUUUUGGGAAAUCAAAUAAAAACGAGCGCGCCUUUCACAUUUGGAGCUUCCGUCAAACAAGGAGUCUCAACAGUGGCAACUACUGCGGUUACAACUACUUCAGUUCUGGCUAAACCGUUUUCUGCAGGAACGAUAACAACUAGCAAUACUUCUUCGGGCUCAUUUGCAAAUUUGUUUUCUUCACCGAAAGCUACUCAGAUAGAAGCUGAAAAGAAGGAUGACUGGGAGAAUAGUUUACCGAAAAAUGCUGGUAGUGAAGCUUUAACAAAGAAUGAAUCAGCAGGUGAUGAUGACGAAGCACCGGAACAUUUUGAGCCAUCUAUUCAUUUUGAGCCUAUUGUUCCACUGCCAGAACUUGUUGAGCUAACAACAGGCGAGGAAAAUGAAGUAGUUAAAUUUGCUGGACGAUGUCGGUUAUUCCGAUUUGUUGACAAUGAAUACAAGGAGCGAGGCAUCGGGAUGUUAAAAAUUCUAGAAAAUCCAAAAACAAAAAUAUGUCGUAUAGUUAUGCGCCGUGAUCAAGUUCACAAGGUUUGUGCUAAUCAUACAAUUCAAGCAACAAUGAAUUUAACACCACUGCAAAAAUCUGAUCGAGCAUUUGUAUGGCUUGCACAAGAUUUCGCAGAGGAAGAAAAGAUGGAAAAAUUUGCUGCUCGUUUUAAAACAGUUGAAAUUGCGAAGAAUUUUGAAGCUAUGUUCAAUGCUGCUCGAGAUGCAGCAUCAUCAGCAGAUAAUAAAGGAGGAACAGUUAAGACAAUAUCCUGUGACAAGGAAGAGAGAAAAGAGCUGAAAGGAAGCGAAGGAGAAAAGAAUGAUAGUAUGAAAGGCUUUGGUGAUGCGUUCAAACCACCAGCAGGAAGUUGGUCAUGUAGCGCUUGCUACAUAUCAAAUACAGUAAAUGCAACUGUCUGUAUAUGUUGUGGGGCAGCUAAAGAUGGCGGUAGUGAUUCCACUUCAGCUUCUUCAGUCUUUUCAAGCAAACCGACAUCAACAGUUGCACCGAUUAAGGGUAGCAGUGGAAUCACAUUUGGUUUUCGCGGUGAUAGCUCACCUGCAAACGUCACUACCACAGCUGCAACAUUUAAUAGUGGAUUGCCUACGUUCAGCUUCAAGCCAGCGACAACUACGACUGCAUCUGCAAAUGUUACUACAUCAGCUGCACAACCGUUGUUUAGUAGCUUUGUUUCUCGACCUAUGACAACAACCACAACUACUGCAAGUUCUGUUUUCCAGUCGGUUACGACAACGACUACUGCAACCACAAAUGCUUCGUCAGCUCCAAGUGUGCCUAAUUUCAGUUUUAAAUUUACUCCAUCCAACUCUACUGCAUUCGGUGGCCCACCAUGUUUUGGGACGAAAUCACCUUCAACCACUUCAAGCACAGCAGAAACAAACGAAAGCACUACCGUGAAUACGAAAUCAUCCCUUUUUGGUAGUUCUGCAUUUAGUGGUGGCUCUGUCUUUGGUAAAUCUUCUAGUGGCGGAUUUGCUGCAUUAGCAGCAAAAGCUAAAUCUGAAACAUCGGCAAAGUCUGCUGAAGGAAAUAAAGUUAUAACACCAUUUGGAGGUGGCAAAUUUGAUACCUCUAUGAAUUCCAUUUUCUCCUCCAACGCUAAGCAAAAUACACCCAAAGAGAAGAAUGAAGAGGGAGCAGAGGAUAAUUCAGAUGAUGCCGAGGAGUUUGAACCAAACGCACAUUACGAACCAGUGGUUCCUUUGCCGUCACUUAUAGAAGUGAAAACCGGUGAGGAAGGUGAACAGGUGAUGUUCAAAGCUCGAUCGAAACUGUAUCGUUAUGUAGCUGAAACGAAGGAAUACAAAGAACGCGGCGUCGGUGAUAUCAAGAUUCUCUUCAAUCCCGAAACAAAGCGAUGCCGUAUUGUUAUGCGACGAGACCAAGUGCUAAAAGUCUGUGCCAAUACACCUAUAACGGAUAGCUCAAGCAUUAAGAAGAAACCGAAUACCGACAAUGCAUGUAUGUGGAUGUGCAGGGAUUACUCGGAGAAAAAAGAAGGUGUAAAUGAAUAUUUCGUUGCUAAAUUCAAGGAUGCUAGUUUAGCAGAUGAAUUUAUCCUUGCAUUUCAAAAUGCUGCAGCACGUAAAUUUCCUCUUCAAGACCAGAAGAACGCUUCUGCAGCAGAGGAUGGCACUUCACCAAAAAUUUCUGGUACAUGCAAGAAAUUGGAGGCAUCUUUGUAUAAUACAUCGCAGAAGCAAAAUCGAAAUGUUGGGAAAGGUAGUGAACACACCGGCGAUAAAUCUAAAAAGGAUAGUGCCAAUGUCGAAAAUGACUAUGAUGAUGGAGAAAAUGAUGGUGAUGAUGAUGAUGAAUAUGAAGAGCUCUCCACUCAUAAAGUGAAAGCUACAAUAAGCGAGGCGUAUGCAUCGCCACUGAAACCUAGCAAACCAGUUGAAUUCACUGGAUUUAUUGCACUAGGAUUGUUGGGCAGUGGACACAUGAAAAUUGAUCUGUACAAUGAUGAUGAACAAAUACAAUGGUCGCAUGUAAUCGAGUUGGAAGAUGGUCUUUCCCGACAGAAUAAGAAUCAAAUUAAGUAUGUUGCCAUGGACGAAAAGUCGCAGAGUAAACAAGUAGUGUUGGAAUUCACGAAUGAGAUGGAAUGUGAAAAAGCUUAUCUUGAUCUCGAGGAGGGAAUACAUCUUUUGAAAGAAUAUUCGGAUCAGGAAUAG